AUGACUUUGACCGAUGACGAAUCAGAUCUCUCCGAGACCUUAUCUUCCGCUGGAUCUACCAUACCUCUACCUUCGAGUGAACUAGGUAGCCGGGCCCCUAGUGAGGAUCCUACUAGCCCCUCUGGUCUUGCUCAUUCAUCCAAACCAUUCCCAAAACUUGAUCGUAGACGUAAAUCCCGUUUUAUCAAACCCAAAAAUAACAGCUCUACGCCUUCUCUCCCCACUCCAAAUCCUGAUAAGGAUCCCAAACUUAGAAAACAUCGACCAUCUGCCCGUCCUACCGGCCCUGCUAACGGCCCCGUAGCCUCAUCCUCAAGUACAUCGCCUUCUGGUCGUCUAAUCAAAGCAGAAUCACUUCCCCCACCCAGUCCCGAAAACGGUAUUCACCCGAACAGUAUCUCCACCAACCUACCCCGUCCCACCAGUGCUAAAGGAGCCGUCUUUGAAUCCCAGCCCCAUACCACUCUCGAAGGAGGAGCCCCCUCGAAUUCACCAAACUCUAUCCCACAUCCCUGUACCUCUCAUGGUCAUUUGCCGCUCUUUGAGCAACCUGUCCUCUUACAAGGCGCUCGACCUAGACGGAAACCUCAUUCGAUGACCACCAAGUCCAAAAAAACUAACAAAGGCCGCAAACCUAAGGGUUACAACUCGGUUGCCAAACCAACACCAUCUUCCCUCGAUCAAGAUUUUACCAACCAUUCCACCAUGGAUCACGACGAUUCAGCCACCACUACAGCCGCAACCUUUAAGGAUGACGAAUCGAGUUUAACCGAGCAAAGUUCCUCAGACGAGGCCUCGUUGACCGAUCGCCCGAUGGCUUGCAGUCGAACUGCAAGCCCAUCACACAAUUUUUCUCAAUCCUUACCCGAGCUCGAUUCAGCACAGGUCGCUUCGCGAUUAGAAGAUCAUUGGCCCAACUCAACACACGACAGACGCCCCUCACUCAGCUCUACCACACAGUCAUUUCCUCAACCUCAUCACUCAAGCAUCGAUGCGACAUCAGCUCCUGACCCCACUUCUACCAAAUGCAAUCCUGUCAAAUUACCCGAAGCUCUACAUUCUCCUAGAAUCCCACAUCCGGACUUGAGCCACGUAUCUUCCCCCAGCGCCCUUCUCAAUGGACCUGCCCAGAUCCAAAAGCCACCGGCGACUAGUUGCCGGAUUCAAAAAGUUAAUGGUCGGAAUACAAGUGAAGAGAGUGCGCUUACCCCUGAUCCUGAGGACGCUCGACCAGGUACGGAUCAACCAACCCGACCAAAACCUCCGCACUCUUCUCAGAACACUCCCAAUCGUACCUCAGCACCAGUACUCAAUUCUCGUCACCUCUCCUCAACCUGUCCAAGUCCUGUCCGAUCUCCACACGCUGAUCAAUCUGCAACCAAUCAUCCUCCGCCCUCAACUUUCACAGAUGACAUCGCCAUAUCUACCGCCGGUCUCAAUCACAAGUCCCGACCACCAAAUAUCAUACCUCCUUCAACCUUAAAACCCAAUCUAGGAACCACCACCACCGUUGAUCGAACCGUCGAAGGCGAUCUUCACUCUGCGGCCUUCGUUACUGAUCGUUCUUCUGCGAGCCCUCUCCCAACUCGCAACUACCUUGAGCCAAGCGUUUUUCCUCGCGAUCCUUCUGAGCACCUAACAGAUGACGCCUUGGACGGCGAACCAAUAGUCGAUGAUAUGAUGGAAUAUGAACUCGACUUGGAUGAUGAUGAGCCGACCGAUAUAAUGAUGGACCUUAGGCAAGAGCCUUCAGAAGCCGGCACGUCAGCAGUUGAUGGCGUUCCAGUCCCAGAUUCAGAGGAUGUGCUCGAAUACCUGGAUGCCCAACCCUCUUUAAAUCCACAAUCACCACACCCUACAUGCUACACUGAACUUGAUUCGCCUCCGCCUCCCAAAUCGAGACAAUCGCCCGAGUCUGAGCAGGAGCCACCUAAGCCUCGCACCGAGAAGCUCAAGCCUUCAAAGACACAUCCCCCUGAAGUCAUCUACGAACACGAUGAUCACGUUCGGCGGCGAGAGGAUGCUUUAGAGGCGAUGGUCAAAAUUGAAAUCAUGUUUGCGCAGGUCAGGGAUCGUCUGUAUGUCGAACGCCUAUCAGAUGUUCACAGGGAAACUGCGGCAGUGCAUCAUGGUUCUCAUCCUGAAUUAAACGAAUACUAUCAGCUCCUGGAAAAAAAACGCGAUGCUCGCCUAUCCCUAGCUCAUAAAAUAUUCAAUCUCAAGGAGAUCGAGCUGACUAAAAAACGCGAAGCUGCCACUAAUUCUGUUUGGACCAGCUGGUACGAGGCCAAAACCGAGUUACAUGAUAGCAUGAUCUUGGAAACACAAAAACAAAUAAAACAGCUAGAGCGCGAGAAAUGCCAACCUGAUCUUCGAUAUAACGUUGAAGUGCAGCUACUCCCUCGGCCAAUUAUACCCCGGCACAACCCAGGCAGAAGAUCUCGCAAACGAGCUCGAUUGGAGAUGGGUGAAACAAGCGAAGAGAUCCUGGCGAUCCAAUUCCAUACAGCAAUUGCCAAACGUGCAACGGUGAAUCUAAGUACCCUGACAGCCGAAGAAUCAUGUGCUGAUUUAUCUGUGAUGAAGCCACAAUCAAGAAAUUCCCACCUGGAUCCUGUGAAUAUUCUAUGUGCACCCCACAACAUGGCCACUUAUUUUCGUGAUGAUCCCUCUGAACCUGCAACAGAGCUCUCGAAAAAGCUUGCGGCCACACUUGGUAGCCCCGACAAGCUAGAUAACCAACACUCGGCUCGUGAUCCGGCGAUCAUCGGGGCCGAAAAGCUCAUCGCUCUAAAUCCAAAACUAGCCCAUUCACGUGGAUCCUACCCAUCUCAAGCUCAAAGCCUCAGUUCACCCUCAUCUCGGUUCGAGCUGAAUAAGCAUUCUUCUCGACGGCUGGAUAAUCUGACGAACAUCCAUACCAGCUCCUCGCGGACCGUGCGCAACUCGAAUCGGCUAACGUCUGAGCAAACCGAGCCCGAGCUCAACCGGCUGACGGGGGGCGCCAGCAACGGCCAGUAUUUCAAGUCGGACCGACGGCCGACGCUGGAUGCAGUGAUGGCCCAUAAUACCCCGGAACGGCUGAAGGGCCAGCUGAAAGCGCCCAACGGCUCGAGCGAUCCGGUCUCUUAUACUCUGACUACUGCUUGCAUAGGUUCCUCUCCCAGUCAGAUCUCCCAUCACCAACUUCCUCCCAAUCAUCAUCGCCACCACCAAACUCCUAACAUCCAAAAUAACCAGAAUCGUAGCAACCAUCCUACUCAACUAUAUCCUUCCGUUCCUCUCAGUGUCAAUUACCAUGAGAGAGUCAAAUCUCAACUUGCUUGA